GGAAUAAUCACUGAUUCUCCGGAGCAAUUGUCAAUUUCCGAGAAAAAGAUAGUAAGCGUUUCUACCGAAAUGGAAAAUUUUAGCGUUACCUCUGAACAAAUAGACUUACAAACUGGGGAUGUUUUGGCAUCAAAUAUAUCUGAUGACAAUUCAAAUUCUAAUGAUAUUCCCACAAAAGAAAUUUCACCACUUAAUGAGAGUCAACCCGAUAAGGAGGAAGCUAUUACUCCUGACCCUAUAACCGGAAUAGAACAUAGCUCAACCCAGGUCCAAAAAACUGAAUCAUCUACAACCUCUUUGUCACAAAAUAUUGCUGAUGACGAUACGGACGAGACCCUUGAUUUUGUAGAAAUGAAACAUAAAGAACAUGUUAGUAAAGAGAUAAUGGAGAGAAUUAGGGAAAAGAAACUUCAAGAUCAAAAUUCAUCUUUGGAUA